AUGGAUUCUAAGUAUGCAUCAUAUGGGAAAGCGAAAGAUAAAAGAAAUAAUUUUGAUACUAAAGCAAAAAGAGUUAAGCUCUCUAUAGAUAAUAAAAAUAACAAUCCUCAAAAGGAAAAUAAACAUGUUAAUGGCUUAGACACGGAAAUAUCGCACUAUAAAGAGAACCCGGAUGAUAUUAAAGAAAUGAGGAAAUUAUUACCAGUGUAUGCAGUCCGACACAGAAUUCUAGAGGAAAUCAGAAAGCAUGAUACUAUGAUUAUAGUUGGGGAAACGGGUAGUGGCAAAACAACACAAAUACCUCAAAUUCUCCAUGAGCAUAGACUAGAAGAUACUGCAGCUAUUGCUGUGACUCAACCAAGAAGAGUAGCAGCAAUUACUCUUGCUCUUAGAGUAGCAACUGAAAUGAGCGCUGACAUAGGAUCCUUUGUGGGUUAUUGUGUGCGAUUUGAAGAUGUUACCAGUCCUAAAACAAAAGUAAUUUACUUAACAGACGGUAUGUUGCUGAGAGAAGCAAUUAUGGAUCCACUGUUAAUGAAAUAUUCAAUAAUAGUUUUAGACGAAGCCCAUGAGAGAACUGUUAACACUGAUGUUUUGUUUGGAAUAGUAAAACUAGCGCAGAAGGAAAGAAAAUUAAGAGGCAGUAAACUUAAGGUCAUUGUCAUGUCUGCAACCAUGGAUGUGGAUACUUUUAGAAACUAUUUUGACAAUUGUGCAGUAAUAUAUCUGGAGGGACGUACUUACCCUGUCACAAUAUACCAUACAAAAUUGAAGCAAGAAGAUUAUCAAUAUGCAGUUGUUUGUGCUAUAUUUCAAUUGCAUGCUUCAACACCUGCUGACCAUGAUUUCCUCGUCUUCCUCACAGGCCAAGAAGAAAUUGAAACUGUUAUGGCUAACAUUAAGCAAAUAGCUAAGGAGUCACCUGGACCACAAAUAAGAGUUUGCCCAUUAUACGCUGGUUUGCCUGCGAAUAAACAAUUAGUUGUAUGGAAACCUAUACCCCCUGGGAUGCGAAAAAUUGUUUUAGCUACUAAUAUUGCUGAAGCAUCUGUGACUAUUCCCAAAAUAAAAUGUGUCAUAGAUACAGGUGUUGUUAAAGAAAGGAGCUGGUGUCGUGUGACUGGUGCGGAACGGCUGCACGUCGUACCUUGUUCACAAGCAGCGUGUUGGCAGCGCGCAGGGCGUGCUGGCCGGACUGCGCCUGGUGCUGCCUAUCGGCUGUACACUGCUGCUGAUUUUGCUGCACGCCCCCAACAUAAUACGCCGGAGAUACUUAGAUGCCCCCUAGCGGCAACCCUGUUAAUGUUAAUAGCGACGGGAAUGGAUCCCGGCACAUUUCCAUUGAUUGACGCACCCUCGCCAGACUCCGUGCAGGCAUCAUUAAUUUUGUUGAAAGAAUUAGGAGCUAUCGAAAAUGAGAAUAAUCCUAAGUUGAAGGCGCUUGGAAAGAAAAUGACCGCUUUUCCUAUUGACCCGAAGUACUCGAGGGUAAUCAUCAGUGCACCAGAAUACGGCUGUUUAGAUGAAGCCCUGAGCCUCGUCGCAGUGAUGUCCAGUGAGAAUAUAUUUCACACGCCAUUACACAAGCGGGAGGAAGCCUUAAAAGUUAAGCAGAAAUUUGUAUCGCCCCUAGGCGAUCAUGUUACACUUCUCAAUGUAUUCAAAGCUUUCUGUAAGGCUCCCCUAAAAAAGCAAUGGUGUAAAGAGAAUUAUUUGAAUCAUAGAAACUUGUCGUAUGCUUCUGACAUUCGAGCACAGUUAUUCGCUAUUUGCCAGAGGUUAAACAUGGAAGUUACGAGUUGUGGAACCGACUUGGAUCAGCUUUUAAAGUGCCUUCUAAGUGGACUGUUUACAAACUGCGCGUGGGCACGCGGCAUAGUGACAAGCGGUACCGGCCGGUACGUGACCGCGUCUGGUUCGGGCGCGAGUAUCCAUCCAGCUUCGGUGCUACACUUAAAGAGGCCACCACCACCCGCACUUCUCUAUACGGAGCUACUGCAAACCAAACGCGCUUAUCUAGUGACGGUAUCUGCAAUACAACCACAUUGGCUGCAUCAGGUCGCACCAGAUUAUGCGAGACGUUGUCGCGCCAAUCGGUGA